UCCAGCGAGCCACAGUACUCGAUUGCCCAUUGAUUAAAGUGAGCUAAUGGGCAUUCAAGUAUUCAACCAUGUUUACAGUUUCUCUAUUUCCCGCCCUUUCAAUGUUCACACACUACAGCCCUUCUUCCCGCCUUUUCUUUCACCUCACUCACACCUCCUCCGUUUCAUCUUCUUCUUGCCUGAGAGACCUCUCUCUCCUCCUCCAAGGCAACGUAUUACACUCUCAUCUUCAACAAAUCCAUGCCCGGAUCUACCGAAUCGGCGCAGAUCAAAACGAUCUCAUCACCACCCGUCUUAUUGGCCGCUACCCAAUCCAAUCUGCUCUUCGCGUUUUUUGCCAUCUUCAGAAGCCCAACAUCUUCCCUUAUAAUGCUAUUAUCCGAGUCUUCUCUGAGAGUGAUCUCUUCAUUGAAGCUUUCUCCCUUUUUAAAGCCUUAAAAUUCCAAUCCCUUUUGCCUAAUGAUUUUACCUUCUCCUUCCUUCUCAAGGCCUGUAAUAGAUCCGAAGAUUCCCGAAACAUCCAACAAAUUCAUACCCACAUUGUGAAAUUGGGUUUUGAUUGUGAUUCGGUUGUCUGUAAUGGGCUUCUUGCUGCUUAUAUAAAGGGUGUUAGAGAUUUAGUCUCGGGGCGCAGGGUGUUUGAUGAAAUGCCACAGAAAAGAAUAGUGUGCUCUUGGACUAGUUUGAUUUCUGGUUAUGCUCAGAUGGGUAGGUCUAAGGAAGCUCUUGUUCUUUUCUUGCGGAUGGUUGAAGAUAAUUUGAUGCCCGAAAAUGAUACUAUGGUGAGCAUUCUGUCUGCCUGUUCAAGUCUUGAGAUUGGAGAAAUUCAGAGAUGGGAGAAACUUCUCUUGGAAUUCAGUUGUGAUGAUGAUAAUAAUGUCAAGAAUACACAUAGUGAUUUUAUAGAUAUUGUUCUUAUUUAUUUGUGUGGGAAAUUGGGAAGAGUUGAGAAGAGUAGGGAGUUGUUUGACAAACUUGCUGAGGGAGUAAGAAGAAGGAGUGUGCUUCCUUGGAAUGCAAUUAUCAAUGGAUAUGUUCAAAAUGGACGCCACAUGGAUGCUCUGAGUGUUUUCCGACUGAUGGUGGAAGGAUUUAAUCCAAAACCUAAUCAUGUUACGAUGGUCAGUGUCUUGUCUGCUUGCGCUGAAGUGGGUGAUUUAAGUCUAGGGAGAUGGGUUCAUGAAUAUGUAAAAACAAAUGGAAGGAAAUGUAUUCUGGAGUCCAACACACUUUUGGCCACUGCCUUCAUAGAUAUGUAUUCUAAAUGUGGGAGUCCAAAGAAGGCGAGAGAGGUUUUCGAUCGAAUGGCUACUAAAGAUGUCAUUUCUUUUAAUGCCAUGAUCAUGGGUCUUGCUAUUAAUGGGCAAGGAGAGGAUGCACUGAGGCUUUUCUCAACAAUGGAAGAUUUUGGUAUAUAUCCCAAUGAUACAACCUUCCUAGGUGUCUUGUAUGCAUGCAAUCACUCAGGAUUGGUAGAGGCAGGCCGUUGCAUUUUCCAAGACAUGGGUCAAUGUUAUUCCAUCACCCCAAAAGUAGAACACUAUGCUUCUUAUAUUGAUCUUCUUGCACGAGUAGGCCAUCUUGAAGAAGCCCUUGAGGUUUUCACCUCCAUGCUUGUUAAGCCUAAUGCUCCAGUAUUUGGAGCUUUGCUGGGUGGUUGCGUGGUCCACUCUCGACUAGACUUGGCACAACACAUUGCUAGAAGACUUGUUGAGGUGGAUCCUGAUAAUUCUGCUGGCUAUGUGAUGUUGUCCAAUAUAUAUGCAGUUAAUCGCCAAUGGGAUAAUAUAACUGAAUUAAGGGAAUCAAUGAGGGAAAGGGGAGUAAAAAAGCAACCUGGUUGUAGCUGGAUCAGUAUUAAUGGAGUUGUGCAUGAAUUCCUUGUAGGCUCCACGUCACACCAUCAGAUUGAAACAAUAUACUGUACAUUGGAUGGAUUGUUAAAGGAAAUGAAGUUGUUUGGCUCUUAAGUAGUUCACAAUUAGUCUUACACAUGGAGAGGGGCCAUUUAUGCAUAAAAUUGCAUUAUGGACUGGGAGUAUGGAGAAGGCAAUAGAGUUUUUGAUCCGAUGAUCAUCAAAGAUGCUUCCUCUUUUAAUGCCAUAAUCAGGGUCUACUAUAAAUGGUCUUGAAGGAGACAGUUGAGGAUCUUUGCCACAGUGAGAUACCUUCUACAUUCCAUUGCUGGGAUCUUUCUAAGGCAGUCUGGACUUUACUAAAUUUGUUGUGUGCUCAGGGAGGUCAAAUCAUACUUUCCCGGAAAUAUGGGAUCAAUGCCUUCGUCAACCUUAGAUUCAUACACAAUGUUUUCUUUGCUUAUCCUAUUGCAAAUGUGCCAUAUCAAAUAGUCACUCAAGGUUUUUACCUCAAUGCCAAGUGAGGCUGAUGGUCAAUAGGUUUAAAGGGGGUGAAGAAACAAUGUAGGUGUAGUUUGGUGACCAUGAAUUUACUUUCGGUUACACUUCCACUGACAUCAUAUGGGUUCUCUUCUUGUUUUGGUUAUUCUGUUUCAUUCGGCAGUUUCCAAAAGCCAAAAAGAAGAUGACAAGGCUUCAAUUUAUGUCAUUUGGAAGUGGAAAACUUGAGCAAAUGGGGGGUUUUGAGAGGCAUGAUACUCCAAGGUACAUGGUAGCUCUAGGAGUUGAUCCAUAGCCUCAGCAAUAUGGGAGAAGGCAAAGGAAGAAUUUUAUAGUGGAGAAGAAGCCAAGAACUACUUUUAAUCAGUGUAAAGUAUAAUGCUGGGAAGCAACUUAAUGAUCUACUGUUCCAAAGGGUCCACAAAGGCACAAAAUGGCGACAAGCUCACAGAAAAGGAAUGCUCAUUUUUCUAUAAUUCUUUAGUUUAUUGGAUGGCAUGUUGUAUUAUAUUGGGGGCUUGUAAAUGAAUUUAGCAGCUCGGCAAUUGCACUGAUUUGUAGCUUGUGCAUUUUAUGUGAAAUGCAAAUAGUAGAUAUUGGGAAUCCAUUUCCUCUCCAUCUU